GCGAGAAUGUCUGCGCAAAGCCGGCUCUUAGCCACCCGGACCUCAUCACAUGAUGGGGGAGAGGUGGCGUCAAGGCGUUUCUGAGUCUGCGCCAACUCUUCAGUCUUUUUCGGCUCCACCCUACGCUUACAUCCGGGCGACUGCCACUGCGCGGAUAGUCGCCCUUGGGUGAGGGUGGGGGGGCAGCAAAAAGCGAGGCGAGGAGGCUUUGGCAUUAGCUUCGUAAAAGUUAAAACCUGAUAUUUAUUGAAAGAUGAAAACACAGACGGGAUUUAAAAAAAACUCCACAACGCUCGAUCAAGUAUCAAGCUGAGGAGCCGUGGCUCCACCCUGCCAGACCCUCCGCUCCGACUCUUAGCUCUCAUUGGUCAAAAGCGCCGCCUGGCAACCCUGAGAUUGGCCAGACCGGCAGCCGGCCGCGUCCAAUGGGCGGCGGCGCCGGCUUUCCCGCGGCCGUUCGCUGUUCGGUGGCAGUUGAGGAGUGUAACGGUCGCCGGGCUCCGGAGUGACGAUGGCGGCCUUGGGGCCCGGAGGCUACGCGCGGAACGAUGCAGUCGAGAAGUUGCCAUCCAUCAUGGCGGGAGUUCCGGCGCGGAGGGCCCAGUCCUCCCCGCCCCCCGUUCUACCGCUCUGCCUCCGGCGGCGGACGAGACUCUCGGCGGCGCCCGAGGACACGGUGCAGAACCGGGUAUCACUUGAGAAGGUGCUUGGCAUCACAGCCCAGAACAGCAAUGGCCUAACCUGUGACCCCAGCACAGGCCACGUGGCCUACCUGGCAGGCUGUGUGGUGGUGAUUUUGAACCCCAAGGAGAACAAGCAGCAGCACAUUUUUAAUACAGCCAGGAAGUCUCUGAGUGCCCUGGCCUUCUCCCCUGAUGGAAAGUACAUAGUGACAGGGGAGAACGGGCACAGGCCUGCUGUGCGCAUCUGGGACGUGGAAGAGAAGAGUCAGGUGGCGGAGAUGCUGGGCCACAAGUACGGUGUGGCCUGUGUGGCCUUCUCCCCCAGUAUGAAGCACAUUGUGUCCAUGGGCUACCAGCACGACAUGGUACUCAACGUCUGGGACUGGAAGAAAGACAUCGUGGUGGCCUCCAACAAGGUAUCAUGCAGGGUCAUCGCCCUCUCCUUCUCCGAGGACAGCAGCUAUUUUGUCACUGUUGGGAAUCGGCAUGUGAGGUUCUGGUUCUUGGAAGUCUCCACUGAAGCAAAGGUGACGAGCACAGUGCCCCUCGUGGGGCGCUCAGGCAUCCUGGGUGAGCUGCACAACAACGUCUUCUGUGGUGUGGCUUGUGGCCGGGGCCAGAUGACAGGCAGUACUUUCUGUGUGUCCUACUCGGGCCUCCUCUGCCAGUUCAACGAGAAGAGGGUGCUGGAGAAGUGGAUCAACCUAAAGGUCUCGCUGUCUUCCUGCCUCUGUGUCAGCCAGGAGCUCAUCUUCUGCGGUUGCACAGAUGGGAUAGUCCGCAUAUUCCAAGCCCACAGCCUGCAAUACCUCGCCAACCUGCCCAAGCCGCACUACCUUGGAGUGGAUGUGGCCCAGGGCCUGGAGCCCAGCUUCCUUUUCAGCAGGAAGGCAGGAGCCAUCUACCCGGAUACAGUGGCGCUGAUCUUCGACCCCAUCCACCAGUGGCUGUCCUGUGUGUAUAAGGACCACAGCAUCUACAUCUGGGAUGUCAAAGACAUCAACAAAGUAGGCAAGGUGUGGUCAGAGCUCUUCCACAGCUCCUACGUCUGGAAUGUGGAGGUGUAUCCUGAGUUUGAAGAUCAGAGAGCUUGUCUGCCAUCAGGAUCUUUUCUGACUUGUUCCUCAGACAAUACCAUCCGCUUCUGGAACAUGGACGGCAGCCCUGACUCUCACUGGCAGAAGAACAUCUUCAGUAAUACCCUGCUGAAGGUUGUGUAUGUGGAGAAUGACAUCCAGCACCUGCAGAACAUGUCACACUUCCCAGACCGGGGGAGUGAGAAUGGGAUGCCUGUGGACAUGAAAGCUGGGGUACGAGUCAUGCAGGUCAGUCCUGAUGGCCAACACUUGGCUUCAGGCGACCGAAGUGGAAAUCUGAGGAUCCACGAGCUGCACUUCAUGGACGAGCUGGUCAAGGUGGAGGCCCAUGAUGCUGAGGUGCUGUGCCUGGAGUACUCCAAGCCUGAGACAGGGUUGAGCUUGCUGGCCUCAGCCAGUCGGGACCGACUGAUCCACGUGCUGAACGUGGAGAAGAACUACAACCUGGAGCAGACCCUGGAUGACCAUUCCUCCUCCAUCACAGCCAUCAGGUUUGCUGGCCACAAGGACAUCCAGAUGAUCAGCUGUGGGGCAGACAAGAGCAUCUACUUCCGCAGUGCCCAGCAGGCCUCAGAUGGACUACACUUUGUCCGUACCCACCACGUGGCAGAGAAGACCACCUUGUAUGACAUGGACAUUGACAUUACCCAGAAGUACGUGGCUGUGGCCUGCCAGGACCGCAACGUAAGAGUCUACAACACCAUGAACGGGAAGCAGAAGAAGUGCUACAAGGGCUCCCAGGGUGAUGAAGGGUCCCUGCUGAAGGUCCAUGUGGACCCCUCAGGCACCUUCCUGGCCACAAGCUGCUCUGACAAAAGCAUCUCGGUGAUUGAUUUUUACUCCGGGGAGUGCGUUGCCAAGAUGUUUGGCCAUUCAGAAAUCGUCACCGGCAUGAAGUUCACCUACGAUUGCCGUCACUUGAUCACAGUAUCCGGAGACAGCUGCGUGUUCAUCUGGCACUUGGGCCCGGAGAUCACCAGCUGCAUGAAGCAGCACUUGCUGGAGAUUGACCACCGUGAGCAGCAGCAGGAGAACACGAACGGCAGGAACUGGAGCAGCCACCCCAGGCAGGAGACAUAUGCAUCCAUGCCCAACGAGAUUUGCUCCCUAAGCCCUGGAGAGCAGACAGACGAUAAGCUGGAGGAAGAAUGUGAACCUGAAGAGUUACUAAAGACACCAUCGAAAGAGAGUUUGGAUCCAGAUCCUCGGUGCCUGCUGACCAACGGCAAGCUGCCACUCUGGGCAAAGCGGCUGCUAGGAGAUGAUGAUGUGGCAGACAGCUCGGCCUUCCACGCCAAGCGCAGCUACCAGCCACAUGGCCGCUGGGCGGAGCGGGCUGACCAGGAGCCUCUCAAGACCAUCCUGGAUGCCCGGGACCUGGAUUGCUACUUUACCCCCAUGAAGCCCGAGAGCCUAGAGGAUUCUGUUCUAGAUACAGUGGAGCCGCAGAGACUGGCGGGCCUGCUGAGCGAGUCAGAGAGUCCCCAGGACAAUGGCUGUGGGCCUCCCUCCUUACCACCCCUACAGAGGGAGUCUUCUGAGGCCAGCGAGCUCAUCAUCUACCCCCUGGAGACAGAGGUGACAGUCACAGGGACAGACAGCAAGUACUGUGCGGAAGAAGUAGAGAGGGCGCCAGGAGACCAGCAAGGUGACUCCUACCUCAGGGCCCCCUCCAUCGACUCGAAGGACCAGAGGCCACCUGAGGACUCAGGGGAGUCAGAGGCCGACUUGGAGUGCAGCUUUACCACCAUCCAUUCCUCCCCUCCACAGCCAGACCCAGACCCUCAGUUUGAUGUGACGCCCCCUACACCAGACCCCCUUCUCCUCUCCCCAGGAUGCCCAGGUACCACAGAAGAGUUGUCCCAGCCCGAGGUGCCAAGCAUAUCCAACGGCUCCCUGCCCCAGACCCCUGAGCAAGAGAAGUUCCUCCGCCACCACUUCGAGACACUUACUGACGCCCACCCUGAGGAGCCCUUCCACGGAUCCCUGAGAGACCUGAAGGCCUCUGAGGCCGAGGACAACUUCUUCAAUCCCCGGCUGAGCAUCUCAGGCCAGUUCCUCUCCCGCCUCCAGAAGACAUCCAGGUUCACCCACACCUUCCCUUCCCGGCUGCCCCUGCACCUCGUGAAAUCCCCAGAGGUCAAACUCAUGGAUCUCAGGGGGAGCCCGCCCAGAGCAGAGCCCCUGAGAGCAGGUACUGGCUACACCUGCCCAGGCAGGACCAAUGUCAUCUCUGGGGGAAAGGCUGAGGAGCCCCUCGAGACCCUGGAAGCCUGGUCCCCACUGACCCCCUGCCUCACAGGCCUGGCGCCCUGCAUCCUGCCCUCCUCUGUGCUGCCCACAGACAAGAAGCCUCCGACACCCACAGCUCUACCCACUCCAGGCCUGGCUCAGGGUUUCCACACCCCCGCCGCCCGCUCCUGCAUGGAGGCCACUGCCAGUUCCUGUGCCAGGAUACCACACAGCAUUUCCAUUGAGGACAGUGAGGGCCCUGUCCUGGCUGAGCUGGCCAGGCCUCUGUGCAGGUCCUCGUCCCUGGGGGAGCUGGCCUCCCUGGGCCAGGAGCUCCAAGUCAUCACCACCACAGUGACACCCAGUUCUGACAGUGAGGGCCAAGAAGCUGCCCUGCCCUCCCGGGGCAACCAUGAGGCCCGCGCCAGCCUGAAACUCACCCUGCCAAGCAUCUGUGACAGGCUCGUGUUGCCCCCACCCCAACUGGAGCCUCCCACCACGUGUGUCUGGUCCCAGGAGCCUGUGGCCAUCCAGCCCAAUGUCAUGGUCACAACAGCCAGCUUCCUGGCCCCCAGCCCUGUGGAUGGGAGUGCCCCAAGACUCCACAACGCCACCUUUCUCCCAAGGUUCCUGGCCACCGAGUCCCUCAAUACCCCUUCCCAUCCCAACAGCCCCCCACUUCCAGAGGCCAGGCCUGGGGUCCCCGGCAGCAUCACCUCCCUCCUGGAGCCCAGCCCUGAUGCGCUCAGUCCAGUCCAGGGCUGCCCUGGACACUGCGGGGAACCGAGGGGGCCAGCCAGGGUACUGCCCCCAGAUCCCCUUGAGCUGAGCAAUGUGGGGACCGUCGUGCACAGACUGCAGACUACCUUCCAAGAAGCCCUGGACCUUUACCACCUGAUGGUCUCCAGUGACGAGGUGGGCGCCGAGCAGCGGCAGGCACAGACUGAGCUGGCCUCCACUUUCCUUUGGAUCCACAGCCAGUUAGAGGCCAACGACUGGCUGGUUGGGACCGAUGUGGCCCCAGCCCAGGCCCUGCCCAACCCAGGCCCCCCCUCCCCACCUACACUGUGCCCCCUGGCCAGCCCAGACUUGCGUGCCCUGCUGGAACACUACUCAGAGCUGCUGGUGCAGGCCGUGCGGAGGAAGGCACGGGGGGACUGAGAGCCAGCAGCCCCCUCCACCGCAGCCCUGCUGCUUCUGAAGAAAUAGUUACUUUACGCAAAUAAACUGACAGCUUGGAGGAGUGGUUCCUGGUGCCUGUUCUGGCGCAUCCACAAAGCCCCCUUCAGAUGGAUGCAGGGAGAGAGGGUAGAGAGCCCAGGGAACUCACAGAUGCCCCAGUGCCAGGCCCUGUUCCAGGACUCUGUCGUGGGCAACACAGGACUGUUGGGGAGCUGCAAUAAUGAUGAUCCCAGCACCUGGCUCCCACGUCACCUGUCCCCAGCCCACUGAGCUGCUGUGGAGUCACAUGUGGUCCUUGCCCAGUGGGGCCCAGCUGUACUCUAGGGAGGGGCCAGCCCUUCUUCUCUGCCCCCUACUGAUGCGCAAGAACCCACUGGAGCCUCUGUGAUCACCAUGUCCCAGACCCUGGCCACCAGUUCACAUACUGCCACAACACUGGCUCACGGCCCCUGGGCCAGUCCCAUGCUGGAUCCUAUGAGCUUCAGGCUUUUGUUCCCGUUUGCAGCAGGGUAAAGUGAGGAAGGACAAAUCCAGGGAGCAUACCUAGGCCACCCAGCAGCUGGGACCAGUAAUUUCUUCCCCAGCAAGACUGUGUCCAGCUUCAACAUCCCAUGAGCUCCCAGCACUGGUACCAGCUUCCCUAGGCAGCAGGCAUCUAGCCACGUGGCAUGUCUGCUAAGAAGGACACUCUUGUGACAACAAAAGCCCUCACUGUCCCAAGUCUGUAAAAAGGAAGCCGGCAGGAGCAGAACCCUCCUAGAGCACAGUCGUACUGUGCAGCCUGCUUGGCCUGAACCCCCACUUGCCUGUGAGUUCCUCACUGCUCUGUUUGGUGAUCACGGCCCACCAGAAACAGGCUCAGAGAGAUCCAGUGCCUUGCCUCGGGUCCCAUAGAGUUGAGAGUCAAAUGAGGCUUGCCUGGUGGUAGAGCCAGACUCUUUAACAUGAGGACGUGGCUCUCUGUUGGCCCUGUAAACACUGAACCAAUCAUGCAGUUGUUGAAAAAAAUCCUACCAGCCCCGAGGAAUUGCUGGUCCCAGCUGCUGUCACUGCUCUACACGGUAGGAGUAGAUCAAGGAACAGGACAAGCAAAGCAUCUGCCCUCGUGGCAUUCACCUUCUAGAAAGUGAAACACGACAGAAAUUAAAAUAACUGUCUAACUGUAGGUAAACUGAGCGCAUUCCCUGUGCUGGUGACAGGACUUUCUUAGGUGAUGUUGGAGCUGAGGCUUGAUAGAGGGCACAGGCCGUGUGGACACUCAGGCAAGUAUCCAGGCAGACAAAGGCCGGUGCAAAGGCCCCAUGGCAAGCUCAGACGUACAUGAAAGGAAUAGCAGUGAAGCCAGCAGGCUGGAAUGGAGUGAGCUCAGGGCGAGGAUAGGAGAGGAGGUGGGAGGAAGAAUGGGUCCCACUGGGCAGGGCCUUGUUGCUUCAUGACAUUUAAGUCCAAGACACAUUCACAAUAGUUUUUUUCCCCUAAAUAAAAUGCCUGAUCUUGGUGUUUGGGAAGAUGCCCAGUAUUGUUUAUUUCUCAAGGCUCCCUCUCCCUGCCCCGGCCCACUGGCCACCCCUGCAGACUGGAGACCCACUUGACCUGCCCCUGCCUGCCUCGGCCACAGGUGCCUAAGAUCUCUGAGGUGUUUGGUUUCCAGGACCCUGGACACCCAGGGGACCACCUUGAGCCUCGGUCCCUCGUUGAUUUUACCCCUCCUCCCACCUUGUAUCAUAGUUAACUCUUCAACUCCAGGUAGCAAACACCUGGCUUAAGGGGCCCCAAGCUAAAGGGACAUUUGUUACUCUUGAUUCUGUUCCUGCUGUAUUUCACCCUCUGUGAGUCUGAGUUUCACUCUCCAGCUUAGGCCCUCAUGGUGGCAACAUGGCUGCCAUAGCUCCCAGCAGUAUACCUUCACCCAACCAGGAGCAAAGACACAAAGCAGGGCAGCCACCAGGAUAGUGGGGGAAAAGUGCAAAGCCUUCUUAGAUGCCUCCGCUUUCAGAGCAGUUGCAGGCAACAGGAUUGGAGAUGCCUUUAAUUUGCUUGGACCAGCCACCUCCCCUGUCCUGGGCCUGUUACUGUUGCAACAAAAUUGGGUUCUCUCAGCACAAAAGGAAGGUGGGCUGGUAGGAUCCAGUGUGUCUGCCAGUCUCCACCUCGUAAUGCCAAGCUCUUCAGCCCUGGAAGGACCAGACUUUCCUCAGACAAACCAACUGGUUAAGAAACCACAGCUGAUGAAUGUGUGUGCAUGCGACAGUGCACCAGCAGCAAGAGGACAGCAUGCUCACGUGGGAUAUUUGAAAGAGAGCUUAGCAGAGGGAUCAUUUGCAGAGAAGUGGACAGGGAACAGGGAAACUUCAGGGCCAGUGCAUGACCCUAGACUGGUAACAGAGGAGAGGUGUUACUCCCCACACAAGGCACAAGGGAGCAAAGUGGAACCCAGAAGAGCAAAUCCUGGAGACAGCUGCCCUGAGGGGAGUUGUGUUCCUGGCAACCCCACAGGGAGGGAGUUGGGGGAACCCCUCCCCCAUCUUCUGCCAGGCUCCCCAUUGUCUAAACCCCACUGGAAGCCAGAGGGCCCAGGAGCCCAAAUGAUACUGACCACCCAGGUCAGCUUCCCAGGACAUAGAGCAGGACAGAAAAGGGACCUGGGGGCAAGUAAAGAUAGCCGGCCCCAGGGUUUUUCCCUAAUGUGUUUUCAGCAACAACUCAGGAACCAGUUGUCCCAAGAGAUGUGGUGUUGGGCAUGGAGAACUGGGCACCUGAGACAAACAAAAUGGCUCCCAUAACCUGCUCACUGGCUUGUUCUUCAGUGCAUCUGGCCCCAGUGCAUCUGGCCCUGCGUCGGUCAGGUCCUAGAUACUGGGCUGCCGACCCAGGCCAGGCACACCAGUCACAGCUGCGUUAAGUCCAACAAUUGGGAGAUGGAGACACUUAAAAUCCCACUUUACAGGGACAUCCCUGGCAGUCCAGAGGUUGAGACACCACCCUUCCACUGCAGGGCGCACAGGUUCGAUCCCUGGUCAGGGAACUAAUCUCGCAAGCCGUGCAGUG